AACUGAACUCGUGUAGUGAUCGGAAAUAAACGUGAACAAGGAACUAUACAUUGAAACUACGCGUCAUAUUUAUAGCAUGAGUAAUGAAAAUAAAACUGAAUGUUGCAAAUGUAAAGAGCUAGCAGAGAAGGUAGUUGCUGGUGCGAAAGAUAAUGAGAGACUGGCAAAAAUGAUACGAAAUUUGAGGCAAGAAAAUGAGAGAGCAGUUGAAUUGCGACAUCGAUGCUCGGGUUCCUCCGGCUCCCAAUCGGGUACGACUGGGGACGAUAAGGGAUAUAAGGAAAAAUUUCAAGCCCUGGUUGAAAUAAACCAUGGCUGGAAGAAAGACUACGAAGAACUUCAAAUGCGAUAUGAAAUGCUUAAAGGCGAGAAGCGACUACUGGAAGAGGAGGAAAAGGAGUUAAAACUACAUAUAUCUGAGCUGGAAAAGCGACAGGGACCUUUAGAAAGCGAACUAGCCAGACUAGCUGCUGCUUUGUAUGCUCAACAACAAGGCUUCAGCAAUGGCGGACCCUCGGAGGAGCAAUGUGAGAUACUGAAAUCUCAGAUAAUCGUUUACAAAGAGGAUUUUGAAAGGGAGAGAAACGAUCGGGAGAAAUUACAUGAAGAGAAGGAAAAAUACAAACAGAAACUGGAGGAUUCUGAGGAAAUUAUCAGAAAGUUAACUGCAGAACUUGAUGCUUGCAAAGCCCGGGAAGAAUCACGCCGGCAUAGUUGGUCUGAGAAUGGGUACCUCAGUGAGAGGGUUGCCACUCCCCCCCGGUAUCAGGUGCACUAUACCUACCCAUAUCAACCAGUUGAUCAGAGGUGGAGAAUGGAACAACAAAGAAGAGGAAUCCUCCCCCGGAAUCCCCCACCAACAUCAUUAUUUUACGGAGGGGAUGUUGAAGUAGAUGAAGUAAGAGGUUAAAUGGUGAUUCUAAAUCUUGGCCAUAGUGGGAUAUAAUGCAAAGGGGGAUCCCCCCUCCCCACCACAAAUCUUGUUUUUACGGGUGGAAAUCGUAAUUUAUUAUCAAAGCUCAGCUGGUCUGAAGCAAGAAUGAACAAGGAUUUAUAGAACUAUGUGUAUGAGGGAAUAGAUUAAAUCUAAAAUUCUAAGAUUAUUUAUGGCCUAUAUAUUUAAUAAAAAUAUUUAAUUAAAUACGUAUAUUUAAUAUAUCCAAUGAUAAGAAAUGUAUUUUAAUAGAAACGAAAAAUAUAAAUAAAUCAUAUAUAUUGUAACACGUGUUGUCUAUUGAUUAUACUUACUCAUAACUUGUAUACUGCUUUCCUAGUAAAGGUUACACUAGACUUCUAACGAAAAUUAUAUCUCCUUUUUUGGAAAUUUAUUAAUACGUUGUCCGCUUUCUUUUUCAUUUUCUGAGUAAACAUGAACUUUCAAUUUUAUUUUUGUUUUGAAUUAAUUGAAAAUGUUUUCGCCGGAAAAGUAUCUAACAUCUGAUGGUAUAUAUACACAUUGUGUUUCUUCAUAGAGUCACUUAUGAUUUGUUAAAGUUGCAUUUAGACGCGCCGACUGUGGCGAGACCACUUAUCUGCAUUGAAAACUAACCGUUGGAAGACGUCACACAACACACCCUUCUGAUUGUGCCGAUAAUCUGAUUUUUAAAUCAAACUCCAUUUUUUAUCGUUUUUUAUUUACAAUUUUGCACCCACAACGUUGAAAACGUGACUUUUCUACACGUACAAAAUAAUUGUUGAUUAUAGGGCUAGGGGGCCACUACAAACCUUUUAUAGGCUUUUUAUGAAGACCCUUAUAGUAUAACAUGCUUACUAACACUACUUCAUUUUAUUAUUUAGAUCGUCGUCGAAAAAUACGAAGUGAAUUUUUCAAGAAUGGACUUUCAAGGUACUGUACUAACGUGAUUACGUCAUUUCCUGUUGAUACUAAAGUCCACUCUAAUGAGAUGCAUAGACGUGCACUGUCGCGCACUUGAACGUAAACAGCCGCGCGUACUACAUGGCACACGUCGAAAAAUGAGGAACUGAAAACGUGAUUUGUUGUUUUCAAUUUCAAUUCGACGCAUGCAAUUGCGCACGAAUACGUCUUUGACCAGGGCGCUUAUAUAUAUAAGCGCCCUGUCUUUGACCGGUGGUUUCCGGCCUAGAAAAUAUAUUUCUCUUCCUGGAAGCAAAAUCCAAAAAUAAUGGCUUGUGUGAGUCAAAUAUAGAACUUCCUGCUCCGAUGUGGAUUUCAGAGAACGUAUUGCCAAGGGUGGGUUGACUACAAAUUUUUUGUUGUUCGCUAUAUAACUACAGCUACUUCAAAUAUAUGUAGUCAGUUACAACUACUGCUACUUUUAAACAAAGGUAGCUCGCUACUGACUACAGCUACUGCUUAAAAAAUGUAGCGAACUAUUUCGCUAUUUCGUUACUCUAUAUUUUUUAGUUUUACUGUAUUUGGAGCGUCUAUACUAGGGAGUUUACGAUCUACGACGCGGCCGGCUCGACGACGCGCUUUCAAAACAAAGAAAUUUAGUGUUUCCACAAACAAUAGUACUAUGUGUUUUAUCGCCAUGCAAACUUACAAAGAACUUACAAAGAAAUUUGUCAUGCAAGACAAAAACUGUCAAUAAUUUGUGGUCCCAUGAGUAUUGUCAACCGCGUUGUCAUUCUCAACACAACGUUAAAAAAGCAUUAUUACGUCUUUCUGGCAACGCGAAAGCGUAAUGCGACACAAGAGGUGUUACUAAAAGUUGAAAUUACAGCAAACAUUGCAUCGCAUUAGCCGAACGUAGCAUUUUGUAAGGUUAUUUGAAAGAGUCAAAUAUUUAUUACAGUAAUCGAAUUGCUUA